AUGAGUCUACACCAAAUAGAAGAGGUGGAGAUCACAAAAUCUUCUUACUUUCCGACUAUGUUGAUUCACAAAUUCCCAUACUUCUUACUUUCUGGUAAAACAAGCCUGACAGAUAAAAGCAUCAAAGUAAAGUACCACUUUACCUCACAAAACAUUAAAGAAGUUGUGGAUAAAGUUAUUGAUUUGGGUUUUGCUUUUGUGGAAACAUAUAAAAUAGUGGAGACAUAUUAUGACGAUGAAUACUUCACAAACAUGAAACAAAAUACAUGGAUCAAAAUAGUAAACACCUCUAAUACCAAAUUUAAGAAAAUUUCCAAAAAACAAGCGUCAAUUAUAGAAAGCAAUCAUAUUAAAUACGAAGAAGGGUUUUGCUUGGGAUGUUCAUCAAAAUUACAACCACAAUUUAUGCUUGUUGUGUACAGAAGUAUUUACCAAAAAGAAAACAUUCAAUUCACAUAUGAUACUGUGGAAUAUCAAGAGCACAAGUUUGUGGUAUUUUGCAUUUCUGGAAAUGUAUCAGAGAGUUCAGCUACAGUAGACGACAACCUCCAUGAUCCUGUAUUUGAGGUUUGUAUGAAAAGUAGAAGCAAGAUAAUUGAGAUUAUAUGGAGAACAAAUAAGGAACUUUACAAAAUAUUACAGGAAAAUAAUGUAAUACCCGAUUUGGAAUACUCUUCAUUUAAUUUUGAGCCUUUAAUCGAUCGAAACUCAUCUUCCUUCAAUGAGAUGAAAAAGAGAGUCCCACGAAAGUGUGAAAACCUUCAAUGUGCAAAGGAAUAA